AUGGCGUCCGGAAGAAUUUCAAGCACCCUUCUUCAAACGAAUGUUGUCGACUACGUCCGGGAAGGAAGCCGGGUAGCCUCAAGAUAUGGGUCUCAAACCGCGGAACAGGUGCAAAAAGCUGUCAUGGAACACGGUUCUAAAGCUGCUGCCGUGGUUGGUACAUUUGCGGUCGAAAACCCCGUUCUCACUGGCCUCACCGUUCUUGGUGUUUCUGUGGUUGCUGCACCAGGUAUUUUCUCUACGUCGCUGUUAUCUGCUGCGGGCUUCGGAGCCGGUGGUGUCCAAGCUAGUUCUGUGGCUGCCACCAUUCAAGGCGGAAUCGGAAACGUCGUCGCGGGAUCGCCCUUCGCGAUUGCUCAAAGCGCGGGCGCCGGAGGUUAUGGAGCAGCAAUUGUGAACGGAAUUGCUCAGCUGUGUGGAGGUGUCAUGGCUUCUGGCAGUGCGGGAAUAGCAUGGAUCAGAUCGACGUAG